UCUCUUCUUCGUGGGAACGAAAAUGUGGAGGCAAGUGGAAGCCACAAACCAAGAUGAGUCGAUCGGAAGAAGGAGGAACAUCAAUCCCGUUCAUGUCGCCUUCAUUGUUGAUAAGUACCUCUGCGACAAUCAUUUCUCAAACACGCGGUGCAUCUUUCGCAACGAGGCAUCUUCUCUCUUUGCUACUUCGUCAAUCAACCAGUUGCCGAAGACUUUGGAGGAGAUGCUGGAUGAGUAUAUAUUUUUGAAGAAACAAAAUGCGAUCCUGGGUCAAGAAAGGAUCAUGGUGAUGGAAGAGAAAAACAGGAUUCAAAUACUGUUGCAAGGCAUGCAGAAUGCCCUGAACACUUACAAUGCUUUUCAGAGGCCACCCUCACUGAAUGUCGCGGCGAUGAAUGCAAAUUUUGCAGUAGUUCCUCAACCGAGAGUUUAUAACAAAACUCCCCAAGGUGUUUCUACUAUUACAAGUAUUGCUGCUGCCAUGCAAAACACAUCUAAUACACAGUUGCUUACUAGACCUGUCAACACCAAUGUGGACACUGGAAACUUCUCAACACCCAUGAUUAGUGUGUCUGACAAGAAGAGAAAAGAUACUGAAGCAGUAAAUGGGCCUAUAGUUGCAAAGAAACCUCGUGGUAGACCACCUGGCAGGAAAAAUCAAGUCCAAGGUGAAAACACAUCACCACAAUCAAGUAAUGCUGUCAACAACCAAGUAGUUUCUCGGCCAUCUUCUUCUGCAACUCAAUCAUCAUCUGGGAACUGUGCAACCAGCGGAUCACUGGUUCAAGGAUCCAAUGUUGUCAAAGGCUCAUUCAAUCACCCUCCACUUUUUGUUCCAGACAAUUCCCCAAUUCCAAAGACACCUACAACACAAUCCUCUCAGAGUGAUACAUAUGUGUCCCCUACUAAAAUUUAUCCUGCUGCAUCUUGCAAUGGAGAGGCUAGUCCUACUUGUUGCACUAUGAAUCCAACCAACAAAGUUAUGGUUGGCCCUGAAACACAAAUGGCUUAUAAAGAGAACAGUCAUUGCAAUUCUCCUAUCGAAGUAGAUACAGGAAAAUCAAGUAAGAUGGAUGACGUAAGGAGCAAACUGAACUUUGAUGCCUCUAAUAUGCCUGAGAGCUUGGACAAAUCAUUGUCUAAUGAGGUUUAUACAUCUGAGUCUGACAAGGAAGUUGACAUAUCUGACAUUGAUUUUUCAAACUUGAUGGAUUGCUGCCCAUUCCUAGGAAUCACUUCCGAAGAUUUUUCUUACCAUCCAGUUCCAACUCAUUCCAAGGAUAAUGCUUCAACGCCUUGAUAGUCAACAUGUCUGACUCUUAAUUUGGGAUAUUAAACACCAUUCAUUUGUUCCUUAGCCUGUUUGGUCAUUAGGCAGUACAACUGAGAAUUUGAAGUUACCAGUCAACAAGGUUUAUGUUACUUAUAUGUUACGGGAAAUGGAUCAUGUCCAGCUAGUAAUUUGGUAUGUGACUGUGAUAACAUUCAGCAAUUAAACAAUUGGUUUGACGUGGGACGUAUAACUAAGCAUUGUAGUGAAAAGCUUUCAGAUAGUUGUGUUUCUAUUCACUCUCAAGAGUAGAACUAGAAUUGACUUUGUUCAAGUCUGGCUUUGGUUACUAAUUUCUGUAAUGGAAUAAUUCCAA